AUGUCGGUAAGGACGACGGCGGAGAAGACGACGGCGGCGAGGACGAUGGCAGCGAGGACGACGGCGGCGAGGACGAUGGCGGCGAGGACGACGGCUGCGAGGACGACGGCGGCGAAGACGACAGUGGUGAGGACGACGGCGGAGAGGACGACGGCGGCGAGGACGACGGCGGCGAGGACGACGGUGGUGAGGACGACGGCGGCGAGGACGACGGCGGCGAGUAGGACGGCGGCGAGGACGACGGCGGCGAAGACAACGGUGGUGAGGACGACGGUGGAGAGGACGACGGCGGCGAGGACGACGGCGGCGAGGACGACGGCGGCGAGGACGACGGCGGCGAGGACGACGGCGGCGAGGACGACGGCGGCGAGGACGACGGCGGCGAGGACGACGGCGGCGAGGACGACGGCGGCGAGGACGACGGCGGCGAGGACGACGGCGGCGACGGCGGCGGCGGCGGCGACGGGGCGGCGGCGAACGGCGGCGGCGACGACGGCGCGAGGACGACGGCGGCGAGGACGACGGCGCGGGGGGGGGGGCGGUGAGGACGACGGCGGCGAGGACGACGGCGGCAGGACGACGCGGCGUGGACGACAGCGGCGAGGACGACGGCGGCGAGGACGACGGCGGCGAGGACGACGGCGGCGAGGACGACAGAGAGGACGACGGCGGAGAAGACGACGGCGGCGAGGACGACGUCGUGAGGACGACAGCGAGGACGACGGCGGCGAGGACGACGGCGGUGAGGACGACGGCGGCGAGGACGACGGCGGUGAGGACGACGGCGGAGAAGACGACGGCGGUGAGGACGACGGCGGAGAAGACGACGGCGGCGAGGACGACGGCGGUGAGGACAACGGCGAGGACGACGGCGGCGAGGACGACGGCGGCGAGGACGACGGCGGCGAAGACGACGGCUGUGAGGACGACGGCGGCGAAGAUGACGGUGUGUUUGACGGUAGUAAAAAAGGUGAUACUUAA